AUGGCAAUUAGACAAUUUCUUGAAGUAGCUUCAGUUUCAGCACCACCAAUUUUAAGUAUAUUGGUGGUUGCCUUAUUUUGCUACUUAUGCAAAAGAAAACUCUUUCCAAUUCUCAAGCAACGUUACAAGAAGAAAGGGAGCUUGAAAUUCGAGAAUAUAUUGUUGCGGCGCUUCCAGUUGGUGGAGCUAGAGGAGGCUACCAACAAUUUCAGCCAAGAUUGCUUGCCGGGUUCAGGUGCAUUUGGGAAUGUCUACAAGGGGGACUUCGAUGUAGAAGGAACACUAGCUAUUAAGAGACCCCUUGCUGAUUCUUACCAAAGCGUUGAAGAAUUCAGAAAUGGACCAAAAGGUGCAAAAUUAUUAGUUUAUGAGUACGUUCCAAAUGGUUCUAUGCUUGAGUACAUUACGGUAAAGAGAGGGAGGAGCUUAACUUGGAGGCAGAGAAUAAACAUAACCAUUGGAGCAGCUAAAGGCAUUCCUCAUUUGCAUGAAGGGUUUCAGCCUAGCAUAAUCCACCGUGACAUAAAACCAAGUAACAUACUAGUAGGAGAUGAGUUCAAAGCUAAGGUUUCGGAUUUUGGGUUAGUGAAGAUGGGGCCUACUGAGGACAAAACACAUGUGAGUAGCCAAAUUAAAGGAACACCAGGAUACCUUGAUCCGGCUUAUUGUAUGAGUCUCCAUUUGACCCCAUUCAGUGAUGUCUAUAGCUUUGGUGUCAUAUUGUUGCAACUUGUGACUGCACGACCUGCAAUUUACUCUAAUGGAAGGCUGUCUAAUUAUCAUGUCGUUGAAUGGGCAAGGCCUAGCUUAGAGAAAGGCAGCGUUGAAGAAAUUUUAGAUGUUAAUCUUCUAUCAGAGCCAUGCAACAUGGAGAUAAUGCUGAAGAUGGCACAACUAGGCCUAAGAUGUUCUGUGAAAGUACCCAAACAGCGUCCUACAAUGAACCAGGUGUGGCAAGAACUAGAAGGGGAGGCCCUGCAUUCAGUUGACAACUUUUUAAGCAAACAGCCCUCGAGCGCUGCUCUAAUAUCAAGUGGCAGCAACGCACCUUGUGAAUCAAUGGAUAACGAUUAUUCUCAAAGCUUUGUCAGCUUAAAUGGUGUUGGAUUUCAGAGAUUUCAUGUAGAGAUGGAAAGCUACUCCUUUCGAAGCACUAGCUUAAGGUGUUUAGAGGAAAAUAGUAUUAUUGUCGAUUUUGAUAAGAAAAACUUAAAAGGGAAUACGUGA